GUCGUCUGACACGGACACGAACAUCCACGCGCUCUCGCAUCCUCAAUACAUUAUCCGCGUAAAAUACAACAAUACAUCUCACAGUGUUGGAAUUAUGUACGAUUGACAGUGAAGGGAAGAGGAAAAGUUUAUGUAGGUUUAUGUAGAGUUGUCGGAGGUGUGGAAACGUCAUGGGAAACGGGAGUGAAACGUGUUCUGUGCGUGGUUGUGUCGUGAUUGGAAAGUGAGGAAGACAAGCUAUGCAAAUUACAUUUUUCAGGCGGAGGAUGCUGCGAAGACUGAUGGGCGUGAGGCCGCUGCUCUGUGGCCUGGGUGUGCUGUGCGUGGUCGUCCUCUACCUCAUGUACACACAACCGAGCGGUGUACAUAUUGUAUGUGAAUGCAAUGAGGAAGUGGAGACGGAGGAGAGAGUUGCCAGAUACCUCAAUACCCUCAUGGCGGAAGUAGAUCCGGUUACAAACAGGACAGCCGAGGCGAGCGUGCGGGCCUUCCACCCUCCCUGGCGGUCGAGUUCCUGACGCAGCAGGAGCGGAGGGGCAAGAGGUGCCGCAACACCCCCGGCGUCUUCUCCGUCAGGCACCGGAAUGUCGUGUGGCAGGAGGCGGACGUCGGCGGCACGGUUUUCCUGGCCUUCGGGGCCUACUACGACGAUCGCGAUGUUGAGGAAGGACCCUUGGUGCGAGUGCUGGUGAUGGUCGAGAGUCCGAAGCCGCCCACGCCCACCUGCCACCUGUGGUUCGAAGGCGACGUCGCGCCCACGGCCACCAGAGCCAUCCGCGUGGAAUACGUCCACUGGCAAGAACGAUUCACGGGCGUCUGGCUACCCUACAUCGUGACAUGUCGGGCGGGAAGAGGACUCCGGGGCGUCCCUCAGGUAGCCUCUCUCGUCCCCCACGCGUGUGCUUCGUCCACCAACGCGCUCCGGGUCUUGCAGCACGACAGGUCCGAGCCGAAGCGAGGUCUGGCGCUGUGUCACAAGUUUAUCUUUAAUCCCGUUAGAGACAUUUCGCAGAGACUCGCCGAAUGGAUCGAGGCAGCGCGGGCGUGGGGCGUCGACCACAUCACGACCUACGAAGCCUCCGCCCACCCCAACGUCGCCAAGAUCCUGCGGCAUUACGAGAAGGAAGGGUUCCUCAGCGUCAUUCCCUGGCAGAACCCUGGAUCGCAGCCGAACGUGCCCCAUCUGUACAGGGCGUUUUACGACACGCAGCGCUACAGUCUCUUCACGACGGAGAACAUCCCCUACACGGACUGCCUGCUGCGCCACCUCGCCUCGCACCGCUACGUGGGCGUGUGGGACGUGGACGAGUUCCUGGUGCCGGCGCCGCCCUUCGUCUCGAUUCCGGACAUGAUCGACGGGGCCAAGGGAACGGCCCACUCCAUCGGCGUCAAACCCCCGACCUCCUACCUGGCCCGCUGCAGCUACUUCUUCGACAACCUGACGGAACCCGCGACGUCGGACAUGCCAGAGUACCUCCACCUCCUCCGCCACGUGACCCGCACCGCCAAGUUCUCCCCGCCGAAGGUCUUCACCAAGGCCGUCCACGACACCUCCUACGCCCUCGGCCUCCACGCGCACUUCGCUCUCCUGAAUCUCGAAGGGGAAGUGGACAGGGAACGCGACCUGUACCACUUGUACCCUGCCAGCGAGGGGUAUCUAGGGCACUACAGACCCGCGUGCCAGGGAGAGAGCCAGGAGGAGUGCAACGCCUCCUUCCGGCCGUUCACCACAAGGGAUACAGCCAUGUGGAGGUACAGGGACCAGAUCGCAGGGAACACCAAGAGGGUUUUGUCUAGUUUAGGGAUUGUUCCUCCGUGAACGUUCGACGCGGAGAUCGGUUGGUGUUCAGUGCCACUUCGGAAAAAAAUCUUCAGUGUUCAGUGCCACUUCUGAAGAAGAAGAAGAAAAAAAACUUCAGUAUGUUGUGCCACUUCUAAAAAAACCUUCGGUGGUGAAUUGUGGUAUGAACUUUUGUUUUAUUCAGGUGCAUUAUAUAAACUAAUGUUUCUCAUGCUCACCUCUUUCAUAUCUACAUACUUUACAUACUCUACAGAAAUGCUCAAAAUGCUCAGUGUUUUUUGACCGCAGAUGUUUUAAUUGUAUAGGUAUAUAUUCAAGAAUAUAUGUACAUGUAAUAGCUUUUAAGUGUGCCACUUUUCAUGUUGUAGGCGAUGAACAAUUUGUGUAAAGUAGGAAGUAUACCUCAUACGUACUGUUACUAAGACUUUUAAACCUUGAAAGAAAACAGAGAGAGAGAGAGAGAGAGAGAGAGAGAGAGAGAGAGAGAGAGAGAGAGAGAGAGAGAGAGAGCGGUGAAUGAGUGAGUGAGUGAAUGAGUAAGAGAGACGAAGAAUAUGAUUUCCUUAGGAAUUUGCUACUGUAAAUGAGACAACCAAAAUGAUUCAAGAUUAGUCUGACAGAAAGAAAUGACCAAACACAGUCUCUAACGAAAAUAUAAGAUUAGGAUUAUACCAUUAAUUAGUAUGUAAAAUCAAUUGAUUAAUAAAAAUAAAUCGUACACUAAACACUAUUCUAGAAAUGCAAACUCUAAUAUUCACAAAUAGCGCUGUUGGACUUUAUUUAACACUUAAGGUGUGAGGGGUGGGGGUGACUUACCCCACACUCUCUCAUUACAAAAGGUGAUGAGUCAUCUCCGGCCAACAGCUCACCCCGAAGUGCCCUCUCCUCCUGCGCACUUUUCCCCCCCCCCCCCCGUCACCACCACGAACCUUCCAAAAAUGAAGUGACUAACCAUCAACGACCCUGUUCAGAAAUGACCUAGUUUGGUGACAAGCGAGCAUCGAAGUGGCUGCCAUAUGAUACGUGCAUGAUCACAGAAUGAACAAAACUACUACAGUAGAAAUGGAACAAACAUUUUAUUUUUAAUCAAUUUUCUUGUAUGGUAGUGUUUCCUCUUAUUUGUUUAUACAUUUCACUGUUUUGUUUGUAUUACAGUGUUCAGUGCAUGUCCAUACUUCGCACAAUUUACAGUUACAUCAAUAAAAGAUAGAAAUUACUACA